AUGCAAAUUUUCCGCCAAGCAGCCGGGUAUUACCACAAAUGCAAGGUGCACUCGCGUAAUAAACGACAAACUGCACUGUUUUCUCCGAAUAACAAUCAAAACGGUGCAAAAGCAGCAGAAUCGCGCACAAUCUCGGACAAGGGAUUGCAGAACACAACAGUAGCAGAAGUUCUAAUGACAAAAGGAGAAGAAAAAGUUGGGUCUUGGCUUUGGUGUAAAACAGACGAAACUGUUUAUGAUGCCGUGAAGCGGAUGGCACAGUACAACAUAGGGUCAUUGGUGGUUUUGAAGCCGGGUGAACAACAGCACAUAGCAGGAAUUCUCACAGAACGAGACUACCUGAGGAAGAUGGUCCUACAAGAUAGGAUCUCUAAAUACACGAAGGUUGGGGAGAUCAUGACUGAACAGGAUAAGCUAAUAACAGUAACAUCAGAUACAAGCAUUCUGCGAGCAAUGCAGCUCAUGUCAGAGAAUAACAUAAGGCAUGUCCCAGUUAUAGACGGAAGGAUCGUGGGCAUGAUAUCCAUCGUGGAUGUGGUUCGAGCGGUAGUGGAGCAGCAACAAGGAGAAGUGGAGCAACUCAAAGAGUUUAUAUCAGGAGAUUAUUACUAG